AUGUCAACAUCUUCUAUCUACUCAUCGGUCUUAUCAAUUUACUCGGACUCAUCAAAUGAAGAAGCAGAACCAAUUGCGAGCGACCUUCCAACAACCUUCAACCCAUAUUCCAAAUCACUAUGGAUUAACACGAGAGGAGAAGUCGGUAAUACAACCAUUAAAGCCAUCAAUGAAAAGAUUACGAGAGAAAACACGAGGCUCUAUCCGGAACGAACUCAUUUCACAGAGAGUUAUCAGUUCCCGAAGAGAACCAAAUCUCUCGACAUUCGCAUAGAAGAUUCCAAACAUGAGCCCAGUGAUGAUGUAUAUUACAUUGAUGAUAUCGUUUUAGAGGAAAACCAGCUCUUGAGUCGAUUACGCAUCGCCCAGCUAUACAGGAAGUACUUGCACACGAAAUAUGCACACAUUCUCACGUCUAAGAUGGAAUACCAGGUAUUUGGGGACUUAACGUCACUUAUAGAACUGAGUUUAACCUUUGUGAGGCUUCUCCAAUCGCACGGUAUCGAGGCACUCUUCUCACAUAUCAAAGAACUACAAAAAGUGCGUUAUCCUGAUCCAGAUGCUCUGGAAGGUCUAAUGGAUACCAAUGUUUGGGAUUGGUUGGAUGAAUGUGAGUUUAAUACGAAAAUGAGACUAUCUUAUGCAUUGAAUAGUCCAGAGAAGAGAUUACUAGAAUAUCUAAAGAUCAUUAAUUCUAAGCUGUUGACUUGUGAUGACCAAGUAAGAGUUACCGUGUUACACGAUGAGAAGCGAGCAUUAGAGGGACUGAUUGACUCCGUUUCAAGGACCCAUGAGGUUGAGACUGAAGAUGGAUUGGAGAACCUAGUGAGCACAUUCAACAGGAAACAUCAUUCGUUAACUUUGCUACUUCAAAGUUUCCAACAAAUAGGCUUACCAAUGUUGAAGUUUCUCCAAUACCAGAAGAAUCUCACUGUUAAAUGGGAACGGUUCAUGGAAUACGAGGAUGACUGUGAUGAACGAUAUAUCAGAUCGAUAUACCAGUCAUAUCUUAACAAACUGGGAGAGCAAGAAAGUACCACGCAUAGAAUGGUUGUGGAGUUCAACGAACGUGUUCUCAGAGCCUUGGGGAUGAUGCUUGAGAGUUGCGAGAACAUUGGGAAGCUCAUCAAGAGGCAUAAAUCUACACAACAAAGGAAAAUAGAGAACCAGAUUCUUGAUGAAUUACCUGAUUUCAUAUCUAUAUUGGCCCAGUUUGAAGAACAAGUUGUACUAAUGUACAUACAGUUCGUCGAAAGGUGGUUUUGUAUGAUGUGUGAUGGCAAGAAGCUGAAGAUCAUUGGUGAUAACUUUGACAUAAUUGAGAUGUACGCCAUGUCAAAGUAUACUACAAAACAAGCCAUGAAGGAAUUCAAAGGAAUUCCAGAGAGCAAAGUUGUUCGUCGUCUGUUUGGUGUAUAG